GAUCGAUUUAUCGAUUUAGGCUUUGGUUCAGUGGAAUCAAGGAGGUUACUCUGUAUUAACGUAAGUCUCGAUCCAAUUUUGUUAUUUUACAACCCAGUACAUAACAAUUGGUAUCAGAGCAGCCACGAUCCAUGGGGAUUUGAAGGCAAGGUUCGAUUUUACUAAUCAAAUGUUUAUGGAGUUGAAUGCUCAAUGGGAUCGUGCAGCUGAUCAAGAUGAGAAGUGUGAGUUGUUGAAAGGGAUUACCUCUCUAUAUCGGCAAUUAAACUGGAUAUUCGCCCAAAUGUAUGGUAUUGAUUUGGUUGAAAAAGCUGAUCCAGAAAAAGAUAAUAGAAGAACUGAGGAAAUAGCUUCUUCAGUACCUACUCAACCACCACCUGAGGAACAGUUAGUUGAAGAAGAUGUUACUGAAAUCCAAGAAGUCAAAUCAAUCCCUCAUGUUAUUGAAGAGGAGAAGUUCGAUUUGUCUGAUGUUGUGAGUUCUUCAUUCAAAGAAGUCGAAUCAAUUCCUGUUGGAGUUGAAGUCAAGAAUGAUUCGACCAAGAGUGUGAAUUUACAACUUGAAGAAGUAACUGAAGCUGCAGUGAAUAACUUCCCCAGGAUAAGUCAGGUUGGAUCUGGUGAAACAAGGUGUGAAGAAAAUGAAACUUUGAAGGAGUUCGUCAUUGGUAACAACAAAGUAAUUAGUAAGAAUCGUUCUGCUCUUCUUCCUGAUUAUACUCGGUUAUUGUUUGAUCGUGGAAAAGAUUUCAAACUCAUUAAACGUUUUUCUUACUUAGCUGGAAUUUUAUGAGUUUGGUUUUGAUUCAAUUACUUCAUGAUCCUCUGCAUUAUAUGUUUGUUCGAUUUUGAUGAUCAAUGACAAUGAUAAUUGUGUUCAUGAUCUGGUAACGAAACUUGGGUACCAAUCAGCUUGGCCGUUUAGUGAAUCAAUUAUAGCUCAAAAUGGGCAGAGUAUUUGAUCAUGGGAGAGAUAUCAAAGCGAUGGAAGGAUAUUUUUGUAUUGAUAGUUUUUAUGAUUUCCAUGAUUAUACGAUUACUUCCUGCGAGCUUGUUCUUAAUGGUCAGAUUCAUGGUCUGGUGUAAUUGUUUGUAUACCAACUAAUGAGAAUGAUUGUAAUAAGCUCCUGAGCAUCAAAAGAAGUUGCAAGGAGUUCCGUGAAGGGAGAGAAGAGGUUAAGGAUAUAUUGGUAAUGGUGAAUGAUGCCGAGAGAAUAAUACAUGAGUUACUAGAAGAAAGGUUGAAUAGAAAUGUCAACAACUCUAUGCUACUUGUAUGCAAACACUGUGAAGCUGGUGGUGCUUGUUGUUAUCAGCUACUUAAGGGAACUGAAUCGCCAUCAAACAACUUGUAUGCACAAGUGCUGAUGUGCUUGAAUUCAGUUGGAGUCUCACUUGAUGGCGUUUAUGAUUUCUAUGUCGAUACAAUUAUCUUUUGUGAUUUGUUGUUUUCGAAUUGGAUUGGGACUUUACUUACCAAUCAAGGUGAGUAUUGUGACUAUACCCAGGUGUUUGAUCAAAUGAAGGAGAUGUGGGGAGAAGCAUUUUCUCUAUUGAAGCAGAAGUAUGAGCUGAUAAUUACUGCUAAUUUUCAUCUUAAAUCAGUUUGAAUUCCGUUGAUGCAGUUGGGUAGUUGUGAAGCUAUCAAUGAGCUUAUUCCAGCUGCCGAGGUCUUAAAACUGCAGUUUGUUGGUCUCUUCCAUCAUGAUGUGCUAAUGUUGGUGGACCUCUUGAGGUGGAAAUUUAAAUCGUUUUCAACUGAAUUAAUGAGUAUGGGAACUUUUGGUGGAUAUACUUGGGUCUUCGCAGGACUGGCAGGAGGAUUACAUAGCUUGGUUGAUGAUAGAUGUAGUGUAUGGAGUUUUAGUUGGAGUUUGAAUCGCUUAUUAUUGCAUUCCAGGAGUGGUUUGUAUACGAAGAGGGGAGGAAGGCAUGAGAAAUAUGUGUAUUGUGACUACUGUGAAGUUUUCAUUUUAAGGUCUCAAGGUACACAUCAAACUCCAUUCGAUACGUCAACUAUAUUCUAUCAUUGGUUCUAUCAAGUACACUUUAGCUUCCAUGUUUAUCACAUGCUGCAACCAUGGGGAGAUGGUGUUAUUUGUUUGUAUCAUUUGCUUCAUGAAUCUCUUAUCUUAUCAAAUAAGAUAUCCACCCAAGUGACUGAAGUCAGCAAAACAAAAGUGUCCACACAUGUGUUCUAUGGCAGUCUUAUCAUUCUGGACAAAGGUAUACAGGUAUUUCUUAACUUGGACCUAAGUGAUCCUAAUUUCUUCCUUUACGCACAAAAUGAAUGGUAUUCUUAUAUUCUUCUGUGGAGAUGGAAUGAUGGGGUCUGUGGUUACCUUCAUUUUGAUUAUAAUCGGCCAAUAUUUGAUUGUGGGAAGGAGUUCAAAUUCAGUAUACAGAAUUCCUACUCCGUUAAAUGUGAUUCCACAAUUCGAGGUACUAAUUGCAAUGGAAGUGGUGAAAAGCUGCAACAAGUUUUUAUUUUCUGUACUAAAUUGAUUGAGAAAAUGACAAGGCAGAGUGGGUUUAGCAGAGCAAAGGAGCGGGUUGCUCAAUGGUUGGUUAGAGAUAUCAAUUUUCUCACGCCAAUAGUUAAGGCUCAAAAGAGUUUAGUUACAGCCAGUUCAAACUCAAUCCACAAACUACUGAAUUGAGCAUGUGUAAUAGUUUACGGAUUAGUUCAUAUAAUUAUGGAUAAUCUAACGGUUGGUGCUAUUAGAAUUUUUGAGGACCCAAAUGAAGUGUUUGAUCAAGCGCAGGAUAGUCGAAGAUGCAGUUUCAGUGGUGAUUUAGGUUCCCUAAUAUGGCUGCUGAAAUGUGGGAUAACUAUUUGUAAGAAAAUUCUGUAUGAAGAAUCAUUUAAGGUUGUAGCUGACCAACAAGAAGGUGAUAGUUGUAUGCUUGCAAGGGUAGUGGGACCCCGGUCAGUAUUCACUAUAUUUCACAUUCCGGAUAUGUUAAGAAUAACAGCCUUGUUGAGUGGAAGUUCAGAUUGGUUUCAUCUGAGUUGUGUCAGAUGCGAAUUGUUAGUUGGGAUUAUAAAAGAAAAAUGUUCUCGACAAGCUUAUGGAGUAGCAGAAAGUGUGGUAUUACUAUAUGGCUUGUGGCUGAGCUACCUGGAGCCCUUGGCCACAUGAGUAGUUGUCGUUGGUUGGUUGAUCGAGGUAAAAUGCUUGAACCCAGGAAUGGCGGGAUAGGCACAUCAAGAUUUCUUGUGAAAGGGGUGAAGAUAAUAUUCUUUCCCAAGGGAAUGAAAGAAUCUGACUUGGUUGUUACUGAAGUUGUUGUGCAGUUACCGGAUACUUGCCUUGUUCUGAAGUGUCGUUAUGAGUGCAUACCAAGCUGGAAGUGGUGAAGUUUAUGGCUGUGUUUGCUGGUGGGCAUACAAGUUCAAUCAACUUCCUAAAUGGCAAGUAAUCUAUCUACAGGGAAAGGAUGGCUUUAUUGUAAGGUACAAGGCUUGAGAAGUUCCUUAUGAAGAAGAAGGCAUGGAGCAACAUUUUCAUAUCAUGGAUUUUAUUGCUUCCCAAGAUGUAAUUUUUGAGGAUAGUGGGCCAAGUAUUGCUAUGAAAGUCUUCCACCUGCACCUGCCAAGAUCAUCGACGACAACCUUGCUACUCAGUUUUUCAUCCUUGAGGACAAGGAUAUUUAAAAGGGGUAGGUAUGUCAUAUCCCCAUCCUAAGGGGAGGAUGCCCCAUAUCCGAUCUUGGUCUGUCUUUAGCCUUUUGUGUUAAAUAUCUGUUAGUAGUAAUUAAUUAUAGACUAGUUAGUUAAUUAGUGGUUAAUGAUUAUUAUAAGGGGUGUGUCGGAUGUGACCACCUGGGCUCUUCGUAGCCGUUAGAUCCUAGGUUAGAAGGAGUGAAGAUUUAUAGGCUAUGGAGUCUGUAAGAUGAAGGUUUAUGAAAAAUAUAAUCAAGAGAUCGAUUUAUCGAUUUAGGCUUUGGUUCAGCGGAA